UGGGGGGGAGGGAGGCGGGUAGCCCCAGGCCUUAGGGUUGGCUCGCUUUGGGUUUCCUUCCGCCUGUUUUUAAUUGCCUUGUGGUUCUUUUUUUGUCUCUCUUUCCUCCCCCUCCUCCCCCAGGCUCUGCUUUUUGUCUCCCCCCACCCCACCCCCCUUCAAAUUGGGUGAGAUCAUCUCGCCUGGGGGCUGGAGUGUGACAGAAAUGCUAAGUAGUCCUUUCGGUCGGGGAGGUUUCCUCAUCUAAACUCAGUUGUCAUCUUGCUUGCAAUCAGGUGGUAGUCUUUCAGAAAAUGAAUGCUUAAUUGAAUUGUGGAUAGGAAUUCAUGGAGAGAGGCCAGAACCUAAAAGCAUAAGGUAUAUAUUGUUUUGAUAAAAAAUGAAUGUAGAUCUUUGAGAGUGGGCUGGAGGAACUGUAAAAUAAGAGCUGAAGGAAUUAGCCUUAGACUGAAAAUUCUAGAAAAUGUAGAUAAACCCUUGGUAUGUGGCACCUGUUUCUUUACAAUGGAAGAAUAACUCUGAGUCAUAACUGGAUUUCGAUUUCAUUUAUCUUGCAUCUUAGUAGUUAAUACCCUUCAACUUUCAAUACUCAGAAGUAUUUCAAGUGCCACAGCACUUGAUUUUGAUGGUGUUUGAUAACAAUAAAAUGGGUAGUAGUUAUGUUAAACAGAUGGGAUAACUGAACACUUCACACUUCUUGAUAUUUCUAAGUGAGUCAUUUAAAGAGUGUGAUUAAUCAUCCUACCAUAACGGUAAUUUUUUUUUCUACCACCUACACAACCUGAAGUAGAGAAGAGAUCUUUCAGGCUCUAUGUGGAUGAAAAGUAGAAAACCUUUAUUUAGAUGAAGGGAGACUACAUGUGAUGAACUUUUCAUCUUAAGAAUUUGUAUCUGAACUGUUCUGUGCAGCAAUAUGAUGUAUCCAGAAAGUCAGUUAACUAAUUGUGGUUAUUAUAUAGCAAUUAGCAAAAAGUUAGUCGUUUUCAGGCUUUUAUGUAAAUAGCAAUCUGAUGUGAAACUAGCUUAUUUUACCUGACCUUUUUCCCCUCUCUGUGGUACUUGUCUCAAGUUCUAAGACAUUUGGGGCAGAGGCACUUUCUUUAAUACUCAGUGCUGUGUGGAUUUGGCAUUUUCAUAACAACAGUCAAGUGCUAAUGUCAUCAGAACAAACUUAGUGUUACCUAAGUGUUGAGUGAAGUGGGGGGUGCAGUUGCAAAGACCUGGAUGAGAAUUUUGUGUUUAGAAAUGCAAUACAAGAAGUGACCCAAUUUGAACAUAGGCACUGUGGGAAAUGGAAGUCAGCAAUUACCUACACCUUGUGAGGCUGAGCAACAAGAGCAAUAGUACUUGGAGGCGAGGGGGGCACCCAGCUAUUAUAGGCAGUAUAAAAUGUUUUAAAGGGGAGAUAUUCAGUUUUGAUGUCUUUUAAGUUAGUUAAAGAACUAGGAGGGAAGUGUCAGAUGCAUUGAGAUACCGUAUUGGAUACAGGAGACUGAUUAGGAAAGUGAUUCUUUGGGAAGGGGUGUUGAGAAAUAUGGUUGCCUAAGGGGAAGAAAAAAGUAGCAUGUGGGGAGGAAAAGGAGGAGACCAAGGAUGCAUCCGAAUGGAUCCCACAAAGAACAUGAGAAAGGACGGCUUGGCAUUAUCGCUAUGGAUCGCUCUCGACACCAUGCAGGGAAUGGCAGUGAUCAGCCAUCUUCACGAGAGCACAGCUAUGGUGAAGAUGAGAGACAACGACAGCUAGAGCGCCUCAGUAGAGAGGAGGCAUAUUACCAGUUCAUUAACGAACUCAAUGAGGAAGACUACAGGUUAAUGAGAGACCGCAACCUGCUUGGCACUCCUGGGGAAAUAACAGCAGAAGAGUUGCAGCAACGUUUGGAGGGGGCUAAGGAGCAUCUUGCAUCAGAAACUGAUCCCGAAAACAGAGACAGUGAAGGCAGAACUGCUGGAGAUUCUGAUGUUCUUGGAGAAAACUCAAAUGGUGACUCUUUGCUUGAAUGGCUGAACACAUUUCGUCGCACGGGGAACGCCACUCGCAGUGGACAGAGUGGGAACCAAACCUGGAGAGCUGUGAGUCGAACAAAUCCGAACAGUGGGGAAUUCCGAUUUAGUCUUGAAAUCAACAUAAAUCAUGAACAUAACAGUUUUGAAACCGCAGGUGAAGAGUAUGCGGGUACAGAUAGUAGCAGAACGUAUUUAGAAAGAAGACAUCAAAGAGCUGCCAGUCCAGUAACCACACGAACAAGGAGCAGGGCCUCAAGAGAGGCAAACAGUGAUGCUUCAAGCACUGCGAGGACCAGGUCUGUAAGAAGCUCAGUGACACAAAGCUCUGGAGCAGCCUCUCACCCAGUUUCAGGGAGGCUCAGAAGUAGAACUAGGGAGUCGUCGGGCCUUCCUAGAACAACUACUGUACGUAAUAGUUCUACAACUACUGGUGGACAAAGAGAAAUGCCAGAAAGAGGUACUUCUACAGGACUUCCAAGAGGUAGAGCUAGAGCUAAUGUUCGGAUGAGUACAAACCAAAGACUAGAAAUUCUACGGUUGAGGUCUACUUUGAGCAGCCGAAGCCGCUCUCCGCUGCAAAGACAAGAUGACGUUCGUUCUGAGGAGCACGGGCAGCGGCAAGACAGAAGUGCACAGCAAAUCAAUAGAAGUAGAAGACAAACACUGCAGCUUUCUCCACAGCCUGCUGAAGAGCAAGCAAGAGGUAACGCUCAGACUCCUCAGCUUUCCGGUGCAGCAUCAUCCUUGGGAAUAACUUUGGAAGAGGAGGAAUCUAGUAGGCCAAUAGCUGCUGUUAGAAGGCAUCCCACAAUUACAUUAGAUCUUCAGGUGAGAAGAAUUCGCCCUGGAGAAAACAGAGAUCGGGACAGUAUCGCUAGUAGAACUCGUUCUAGAGUAGGAAUGGCAGAAAACACUGUCACUUUUGAAAGUGACAGUGGGGGAUUUCGACGUACGAUAUCACGAUCAGAACGUGCAGGUAUUCGGACCUACGUUAGCACUAUACGGAUACCUCUUCGGCGGAUUUCAGAAACUGGACUUGGUGAACCUUCAUCAGUGGCUCUUCGAUCAAUUCUUCGACAAAUUAUGACAGGCUUUGGAGAACUGAGUUCUUUAAUGGAGACAGAAUCCAGCUCAGAAUUGCAAAGAGGUGGUCAUCACUUGUCAGAUGUGCAGGCAGAGCAGAACAACUCAAAUUCAGCGAGCAAUAGCAGUGAUCCAAGAGAGAUUUCUUCUAGAAAUGGGCGUGCUGUAGAAGGCAGUAGUGAAGCAAAUGGACAGAGUGAUGACACUCAACGUUAUGGUCGCAAUAAUGAAAGUCAAGAUAACAGACAGUCUCAAGAUGCUAACAACCUAGUGGAAAAUGGAACGCUGCCUAUUCUUCGACUAGCUCACUUCUUCUUGCUGAAUGAAGAUGAUGAUGAUGAGCGUUUAAGAGGUCUAACCAAAGAACAGAUUGACAAUCUUUCAACCCGGAACUAUGGGGAUAUUAACACCGAGAAUGAAAUAAGUAAAACAUGUAGUGUUUGCAUUAAUGAAUAUGUAACAGGAAAUAAGCUAAGGCAGUUACCUUGCAUGCAUGAGUUUCAUAUUCAUUGUAUUGAUCGCUGGCUUUCAGAAAAUUCCACUUGCCCAAUUUGCCGGCAGCCUGUGUUAGGGUCUAAUGCCACAGACAAUGGCUAAAGUUAUUUGUAUUGCUCAGUAUUUCAGGAUUUACAUCUGCUCUAUUUUUGGUGAGCCAGGUGGAAUGAGUUGACUAGCAUAGGGGUUCAUUCGUGUGGGGAUUUUUGUUAAUUUCUUUAAAAAUAAUAGGAAACUUGUCUAAAUCUAGCAAUGUAAAUACUAUUUUUCUCCAAGUGCAGAUCUAGGAGUACAUGUAGAACCAAAUGAUAUCAGUAAAGUUUAUAUUUUUUUAGGUAAUUUUGUUAUGCUAAGCACUUUUGUAAAUACAGAAAUGCAGUAGUUAAUCAGUCCUGCUUAAUGUAUGUUUUUUUUUAACAGUGUGAUGGACUCUAUUUAGAUUACAAAUUGUUUCACACAGACUCACCACUGUGUUGAGAAAUUAGUAUCUAAAUAGCCAUUCAUUAGCUUUUUGUUCUAAGAACAAUUUCUUUUACAGAGUCUCUUGCUGGACAUGUUUGCUAAAGAUAUUUAAGUUACUUGAAGUGCUCAUUUUAAUAUACAGUAUAUUUUUUUUAACAUUGAAAAUAUCCUUUCCAGAAACUUGCCAAUUUGGUUCUAUUUAAAAUUUUUAUGGCAGUUUUUGCAUGUGGUUUUACACAAUGCUUAGUGCUGACAAGUUCAUAUUCAAAAGUGGAUGGGUUAGUAACACUAUAAAAUGUACAUAAUUUAAUACUGUCUCUGACAAUUGCUGUCUUUUCAAUACAGACAGCAGUCAAAUCAAUGAUAAUUCCAAGAAAGUGUGUCUUACUGAGCGUAGGUAUUUGUUCAAAGAAUAAAUAAGCAUUGAGGAAGCCUUUUUACUCUUUCAAACUACUCGAUUGAUAUUCAUAGGUUUUUUUUAAUUGCCUUAGUUUAAAGAGGGAAAUAAUUCCUUGACCGUUAUAUUGUCUGCAUGAUUUGUACAUCCUACUCAGAAAAGCAAAACAAAAGCUUAAAAUGUUUUUGUACAGAAAUCUGACAGGUACAUAUAUAAUGUUAAGUCCUCUUAAAACAUGUUUGAGGACCAAAUGGCAAAAGACACUAAAAACGACAAAAUAAGCUUCCUUUAAAGUCCCCAGAUUCCUGUAUAAUUAGAUAUUAAACUUUAUACCAAUAACUUAUAAAGAAAUAAAGUUGCAAAGUAAA